UUGUCAAUGUGUUUGUAAACUUCGAAGGAUUCGAAGCUUGUGGAAUGUUACCAAUUGUGAUAAAAUCCUUUUUGUGGUUCAGUUUGGCCAUUUAUGAACUAAUAUAGAGCUGUGAAUAUCAUUCUGUCAUACAGUACAUACAUUUAUGAUUUAAUAAUAUUGUAGAGCGAGUGCUAACCACAAACUGCCAUAAUGUCCAGCAUCUGCAGCUACAAAAAUAUUGUGUUCCUGAUUGGUUUUCUGAUAGGCAUGAACAUAGCGUUUUCACUAAUAAAAAUGGAAGAGGAUUAUACCAUAAACAGUUUUUCACUUAGUCUAACCGUUAUUCAUCCGUACAAAAACUGGUUCAGCAAGAAGUUUUUAUCUCGAUUUUCAAUAGAUUAUGAUGAAAUUAGUUACGGAAAAGAGACAAAAGUGUCAGAAGCAGAGUAUCUUAAUAGGGAAGUGUCCAUAAUAUGUGCUGUUUUUAUGAAGAAAGUGCAAAAUGCAAAAGCUUUGCAGGACACAUGGGGUAAAAAGUGUAACCGCUUAAUAUUUUUCAGUACUCGGGAAUUUAAUGACUUUCCAGUUGUACAAUUCAAGCCUAAAAAUUCAUGGCACUUUUUAUGUGACUGCAUUCGGCACAUAUGGAAAAAUUAUGGCAAUCAAAUGCAGUGGGUCCUCUUUGUACCUGAUGACAUGUUUGUCAUACCAGAAAACUUGAGAUACUACGUGGCUCCACUUGACUAUAGAAACCCCCAUUAUUUGGGCCAUGCUUUGACAUUCUGGGGUCAGUUGUACAAUAUUGGCCAAGCAGGAUAUGUUGUAAGCAAAGGGGCCUUGAGUGCCCUGGAGUCUAGAUUCAAUACAACAGAAAAAUGUGCCAUGGGAGGCAAAUACUGGAAAAAUGAAGAUUUUUAUUUGGGAAAGCACCUGGGAGAACUUGGAAUAACCCCAGAGGACACAAGAGAUAGCCUAGGGAGAGGAAGAUUCCAUGGUUACAGUUUUAACCAGUUACUGUUCCGAGGGAAGAUCUCAACACUCGGUAGCUAUUGGAAAAGGAGUGUCUUCCCAGUUCAUGAGGGCCGCGAGUGCUGCAGUGACUUGUCUAUAACUUUCCAUGGAAUUGAAGCAGAUAAAAUAUAUCUUUAUGACUACCUGCUCAACCAUCUGAGAGUCUUCAGGCAUGGCGGCCAUCGUGGAAACAUGCCACCUGUACUUAGCACACCAGAAGAAGAAGUUUGGAAAUCCUUUCUAAGGAAGGAAGGCCACCCUGUUGAAAAUGUUUCUGCAGAAGAAUACUUCAGGCUGUGGCAAGACAAAGUAUCUGCACCAGAUGACUUCAACAAGCGCAUCCGUAGUGAACAGAUGUCACAUUUUUUUGAAGGCUUGCUAAGUGCUGCUCAAGGAAAUGAUUCAGUUAAUGAAUAACAUUUGUUUGCAAUAUUAUUGCCCAACACAUCACAGUGUAACUUGUCUGUGAUAAUUAAGUAGUGAUCAGAUGUGUAAUUUUGUAAGAUAAUGACAUGUCUUUUGAGAUACCUGUUAUGUUUCUCUUCUUACAUGUGUGUUUUUGUUUAGCAGUAGAUAUAAGGGAAGUUCAUGGAAAGACGUACAUCCAUUUUUUUCAACCUUUGUGUGAUUAAGACAAAAACUGCCGUCUUAAACUUCCAAUUUUGUUAUGUUAGUGAGGCUGUGCUUUUUAAAAAAAAAAAGAAAAAAAAAAAAAGAAAAAAAUGACAUACACAAUACUAGACUGCCACUGAUGGAUAUUAAUAACUUUUUAUGGCAGUGACUUGAGAGAGAUGUAUCCUAAAUUCUCCCAAUUUCUAUACUUGUCUCACUUUUGACAGCUGAAAAUAAUUUUGAAAACAUAUCACUCUCAUUUAAUGGAUUAUAAUAAGAUAUCCAGAUUUUAUCUCUUUUGAAGAUACUCCAUAAUUCAUUUUUCAUAUGUGCAGUAUAAUGAUGCCAAUAGAACUCUCUCUCUCUCUCUCUCUCUCUCUCUCUCUCUCCCUCCUCUAACUACUUAGAUGUGAGAGGAAUUGAUGUAUUUUGAUCAAAUGUUUGUGAAAGUUACAAUGAUAGUGCUCAUCAGGAUGACAUCAGUUUUUCCAUGUAUGACGUGCCAGAAUUUUGUUUUGUUAUUAUUUUAUUAACUCUAUCAAUAUUUUGAAUAUUGCUGUGUUGUGAACAAUCAAAAGUAAGGUUUGCAUUUCAGUCCUUAUUUUCCAUUAUUAAAUUAGCAAGUCAGAUGGAACCUUGAACCCAUGGUGUGCUUCGGUUUUCAGGCACUUCAGUAAUGAUCUAAACUGUACCGGAUCUGAAGUAACAAAUAUUAGCAGUACAAAAAUAAUGUCUCUUGAGGUCCAGUGCAGUCAUCUGUUGAAUCAGAAGUAUCUGACCUAUUCACUUUCUCUUUUCUCCACAAGUGUGUCCAAACGUUGCAUACAGAGCUUUUCUCAGUUGAUACAAAUGCACUCACAAAAAUUAUUUUAAUGAUUUUGAAUGUUUUAAAAAAAUGUGAUGGGGAUCUUUUACAAGCUACUUUACCACUUAACAGUAAGAACAAAAAGUUUUUCCAAAUGGUUUGGGAGCUGUGUGCCUUAAAAAGAUGCUGAAGGAAGGAUCAUAAGCAGCAUCCUUCAGGUAAGGGAAGCCCAGGCAUAGACAACUAUAUCAGAGCACUGUAAGAUCAUAUUGGGAAAUAACUGUCACCAGUAAUUCUGACUUCCCGUUUUACAUUCCAAUCUCCACCCUCCACCACAUUCCCUUUUUUCAGUGUGUGUGUGUGUGUGUGUGUGUGUGUGUGUGUGUGUGUGUGUGUGUGGAGAAGAGAGAGAGAAGAAUGAAUUAUCAUUUGGCUGUGCUGGCAGAGGCAAAUUUAUAUAGUUUUAGUGUUGUGGUUGUGAAGCCCACGUCCGUCCACUAUUGACUUGCUCAGUAUUAUAAGUGCCUUGUAGAUGUUAGCAUUUUAAUAAUAGUACAUCCAGUUUAAACUAUUUUUAUGUAAAACUCUGAAAUGUUGCUAUUAUGUGUUUUAAAACAUUUUCUGUUAUUUUUGAUUUGAAACAACUCAUUUCUGAUCAGUAUUACUUACACAGCUAUAUAUAUAUGUUCAAGCACACUUUUUUAAAGAAAUGUUUCCUAUACAGAACUUAUAUUUUUUUAGUAUGCUAAAAGCAAAUUUUGUAAACUGUAUGUAAAAUAUUUAUUUUAUGCAAUAACAGCUCUCUUCUCACACAUUUUAAUUGUCAUGGUGCUUUGUAUACUAAGAGUGCUAUAAAGAAAAUGUUACUUUACCAUUAGAGAAUUGUUGUGAAAAGAUGCACUGAUGCAGUAUGUUCACAGAGAUUGACAACAGAAGUGUGAGGCCACCACUUGUAAGAAAUCUUCACAUUUUUU